GGGGACGAAGGAGGAAGAGGAGGGCAGGGAGAGGAGGGCAGAGGAAAAAAAAAAUAGAAAGAAAGAAGGAAAACUUCAGCCCCUCCUCCCCAAAGUUUCUUCCCGGCUCCUGAGUGGCUCGCUCUGCUUUUUCCCAGGACGGGCGAGGCGCCCCUUCCCCACGUCACAGCCCAGCCCAGCCCCGGGGAGGAGAGGUGCCCGGGCCGGACCCCCGGCAGCGAUGGCCAAAUCCUACGACCACCUUUUCAAGCUGCUCCUGAUCGGGGACAGCGGGGUGGGGAAGACCUGCCUCAUCAUCCGCUUCUCCGAAGACAGCUUCAGCGGCACCUACAUCAGCACCAUUGGGAUUGACUUCAAAAUCCGGACGGUGGAAGUCGAGGGCAAAAGGAUCAAAUUGCAAGUGUGGGACACGGCAGGGCAGGAGCGUUUCAAGACCAUCACCACCGCCUACUACCGAGGAGCCAUGGGAAUCAUCCUCGUCUAUGACAUCACGGACGAGAAAUCCUUUGAGAACAUUCAAAAUUGGAUGAAGAGCAUCAAAGAGAACGCCUCGGCCGGGGUGGAGCGUCUGCUGCUGGGGAACAAGUGCGACAUGGAGCUGAAGCGCAAGGUGCCCCGGGACCAAGCCGAGAAGCUGUCCAGGGAGCACGGGAUCAAGUUCUUCGAGACCAGCGCCAAGUCCAGCUUGAAUGUGGAGGAGGCUCAACUCCCCAAGCGGCCUCUGGAACUGAAAGCCUCGCCGAAAAGCAGCCCGAAGUGCUCGGUGGUGUAG